UAUCCUGAGCUUCCACGGACGCCUUUCCCCCUUCUAGGCGCGACCAACUAACUUUUGCCGCGCCGGGUAAUAUGGGUCCGGCGACCGCAUCUCCAUUUCCCCUCUCUGCCGCGGCAGCCACCUCCACCUCCGCCGGCGUCUGGUCUUGCCUGCACCACCGCUUCAAUGUCAGCCGAACAUUUCCUCCUCCCCUGCAUCUUUUUCCUAGAGGUCAAUUUCCGACUUCUGACUCUAAACUUUCAGUUCAUGUACAGAGCAAUUGCAAUCGGAAUUGGAAUUGUCCGAAAACCAUUACAAGGAGCCGAACGAGCAGAGCAGUUUCUCAGAAGGUAAUGGAAACUGGAGAUAACUUGAACGACGAGGCCUGCGAGCUCGUCAACGGAGUUGAGAUCUCGAUUGGAGAAGGCGACGGCGACACCAUCAAUGCCUAUCUCUGCACCGCCGUGAAGAACAACAAUGGUACCGGGAUACUUCUCCUCUCUGACAUAUUCGGCUUCGAAGAUUCAGCCACCAGGGAUUUCGCUUACCGCGUCGCCUGCAACGGCUACAACGUCCUAGUCCCUGACUUGUUCAGAGGAGACCCCUGGUCCAAAGACCGGCCAGCCAACGAACUCGAACCGUGGCUAUUGACCCAUAACCCGACCCGAGUCCAAAACGACAUCGCCGCGUCAGCGAAAUGGAUGUCGGACGAGUUCCUCGCCGCCGGAAUCUCCAAGAAGCUGGGGCUGAUCGGGUUCUGCUACGGCGGAGGCAGAGUGAUCGACGUCCUGUCACGAAACCAGGACGAACUAUUCGGGAUCGGAGUGUCCUUCUACGGAACAAGAAUUGACACGAGCCUACUACCGAACGUGAGUGUUCCCGUUCUGUUUGUUGCAGGGGACAGUGACCCGCUCUGCAGCUUGAGCGUGGUGAAGGAGAUUGAAGGGAAGAUCCGGAGCGGGUCGUCGUCGUCGAGAGUUGUGGUGUUUGAAGGGAGAGGUCAUGGUUUUGUUCACCGGCCGGCUUCUGCCGACGAGGAUCGGGAUGCUGAGGUGGCGUUUGUGAUGUUGAGGAAUUGGCUGAGUGAGGGGUUGCAGGUUGGUGUUGUUGGUGAGAGUUAGAGAGAGGAAUGUUUCGGUGAAGUAGUAUCGGAGAUUGAAUCGAUGAAUGAAUGUGUUUUUCGCGAGUUAUCGGUAGGAGAAUUUGACCGAAAACUUUGAUGUACAUACUACUAUUAUGUUUUGUCAAUCCAAGAAAGUAAAAAAUAGACAUAUCUACGUGAUUCACUAAGUGUAUUAGAUUAACUAUGUCAACAGCGGAUAUGAAAAAUCAGUUUAACUAUAUUUGAGCAGAUACAGAUUACAGAGAUGGAAGAGAAGGUUUCUA